AUGAGUCCCACGAUUGCUAUACCUUCCCCUGUCGCUGCUGCUCUAGGUAGAUCAUGUGCCGUGCCAUUUCCUCCGUCUCCCAUUCACGUCGGCAGUCCUGCUGGUGCUGCUGAGUUCGCGGGGCUUGUUGCAUCGGCUGCUCUCCCGUGGAAAGGAGGGGGUGUGCAAGUGCACUUGCAUGCUCCGAUGAGGCACAGCGGGCCCAAUGGGACCAGUGGCAUGAGGGAGUGCCAGAUUCGACCUGCCCAGCAAGUGACACCUGGAACUGUUGUCACACCAGCGCCGGCCCCCCCAGGAGCAGGUGAUCACUCUCUCGUGCUCUGUGAUACGACCUGCCCCAGUAACAGCCGUUUCAGCACUGACGACCACCAGGCUGGAAACUCCGAACCCCGUGGUGCAAGCACUGGUGGUGACGCGAGACGAGACGAGGGGCAGGAGGAAACGAGAGCCUGGCGUGGGGAGGGAGCAGGGCGGCGAGAGGGAACCGGAGGAGGCAGAGGGAGAAGGGAAGGAUCGGGAAUCGGCGUGUGGGUUGCGGGUGCUGCUGCUGGUGGUAGUGGGAGAGUGGGGGUGGAGAGAGGGGAGGAGGGAGAGGGGAUGAGAGGUGGAGGGCGCUUAUGGUGGCAAGGACAAAGGUGUGGAGGGCAGGAGUCUGGUGCUGGGAAGGAGGAGGAGGAGGCGGAAGAGGCGGAAAGGGGGGAGGUAAAGGAGGAGGAGGAAGAGGAGGCGACUGGUACGGAGGCCGAGGCAACAGUUGAGGAGGGAGGAGGAGGGGGAGCGAAGGGCGGCGGUGGCAGAGCGAGCUUGUGGGAUGACAGUCCUAAGGGUGCUGCACUCGAAACAGCUUUGCAGGCUCUUACUGCGCGUGCCGCUCCCGCUCCUGCUGCCUCUGCUGAAACUGGCGCUGCUGGGGGCGAUGGCAUGCAUAUGCCUGCUGCUGCUGCUGGCAGCGCAGGAGGUGGACUGGAGGAGUGCUUGCGUUGGUGGAUGGGCAAGGGUGGCAUGAGGAGGGGGGUUGCAGCAGCAGUGGGUGACACCAACACACGUAUGGCCAUGGCUCCCACCACUGCCACGCCUGCUGUGGAUGCUGAUGAUGCUGCUGAUGCUGCUGCUGCUGCUGCUGCUGCUGCUGCUGCGGGUACGAGAAGUGUUCCCAUGGGGGCCUUGACAUGGCCUGGCGGCGUGGAGGCAAGGGGGCAGAAGCGCAGGGCGGACAGUGAUGCAUGGGGGGAGGGGCGUGUGAGGGAUGCGCGUGCGUGGGUGCAGGGACGGAUGGAUCGCCACACGCUGUCUGGCUCUCUGGGAGACUUGACAACAACACACCACCCUGCUGCCCCCACUGCUGCCACUGUCGUUGCCCCGACCACAACUGAUUCUAUCGCCGCUGCUGCUGCUGCUUCUGCUGCUGCUGCUGCUGCUUCUGCUGCUGCUGCUCUGAAUGCGGCUGCAGCAGGAGCGUCGGCUCCCCCUGCGCCCCUUCCCUCGGACUGGCUCAGGCUGUGGUCCGUUGGAUCGCAUCGAUCGUACGGACCACAGGCGUUUGCUGUCAUGGAGGAGCAAGGGCGAGUGGGAGCGCACGAAGAGAUCGAGGCAGAGGGAGGAAGAGGAGGUAUCGAUCGAGGGUUGGAAGAUAUAGCGAGGGAUGACAACGGAUUUGCAGGAAGGCUUGAGGCCACUGGAGAGUCCUCCCCAGCACAGGUCACCGCCACAAGCAGCACUCUCAAUCGAUCCUCUCUUGCUGCUGCGCCCACUCUCCCCUCCCCUCUCCGCCCGUCCUCGGCCCCACUCCCUUCCCCCCUCUCCACUCUCCCCUCCUCCUCUUCGUCACUCAAACCGCCUUCACACUCUGCGUCCCUCACCUCCCUCGCUACCCCCGCUCCCCUCACCGGCCGCCCACCGGCGUUCGUUUCCGCGCAGCAGCCCUCGCGACUGCUGGAGCACCUGCAGUCGGUACUUCAGUCAUCCCACGGCAUAGGGGCAGCACUACGGGUUGCGCUCGCCCAGAGUGGCUCUGGCAGACAGUUCGCCAGUGGCGGGACGGCGGGGGCAGCAGGGGGGGUAGGAGGAGCGGGGGCAACAGGGGCAGCAGGGACAGAAGCUGCACGUGCAGCUGACGCAGGAGGUGCACCUGCGUGGGGUGGUGGCGUAGGAGCAAGAGGAGCAUGGGCGGAGGAGCUGGGAGGGGUAAUGAGGUCAGGGUUGCAGUCUGGUGGUCUGGCUGAGGCGGUGGUGGCGCCGUUUUCCGGGCGGCUGCGCGUGCAGCAGGGGCAGCAGACGCGCGUGGUGGUGCGCACGCAGUGUGGCGAGAGCGACGUGCUGAGGGACGGCCACAAGUGGCGCAAGUACGGGCACAAGGAGAUCAAGAACUGCCCCUUCCCCAGGUAG